UUAAUUAGGAGAAAAGUGUUUUAAGCAAGACAAAGUCAAAUACGAAAACAAAUUAUGCUCAUAUUGAAAUCACAUUCCUAGGUCUCAAGCAUACAUCUUCACAUGCCUAGAUAAAACAUUGUGCUUAGUGUAUUUGUUCUUAGAUGUCUAGCUGACUUUGUGGAGAUUUUGCCUAAAUUCAUUCUGGCAUACACAAGCCAAAUACCAAUUCAUUGAGUGUUUACUGUGUGACUUUUAGGGGAAUGACAGAAAGAGGAAUCAGAAUAUUCAAUUCUAGGCCAAUAUACAAUCUAAAGGAGCUAAAGCAAAUUGCAAAGAUAAGGGCUUGCCUGAAGGGAUUUUCACUGCCUUAUUCCUGGCACGUAAAGAUCUUUCAUCUUGUUUGCAGAGUGUUUUGGAAAUCAAGGCAAUUGUAUUCGAGAAAACCAACAUAUGAUUUAGACUAUGAAGUCCCCCUCACAUUGAGAAGAAGGCCUUUUAAAAGGAAGAGGAAGAGACCAUCAAAAGACUCUGGAAAACAUGACGAGCAGGUCUAUAAUGAGAUGAUCACACUUCCCUGUUCUAUAUGCAAGCAUGAAAUUGACCUACCUAGAAUUUUCCCCCAUAAAAAGCAGCAUGUAGCUCUGGCCACACUGGGCUUUCAACAAACGAGUGGAAAGAAACCAGCACUCUCAGUGAUUGCUUUUCAGAGACAGUUCAUAAUUGCUAAACUAUUGUCAUCUUUUGGGCUUACCGAAAAAAUCUUACAGAGCAUUAAUAAUGCUUUUGAGCUGCUUUGGAAGAAACAAAUACCGGCAUACUAUAAGAUUAUUGACAACAUUCGCAAGAGUUCUGUAUAUCCUCAAAAAAUCUGCCACAUAUUAAUUAGAGGAGCAGCCAUUUGUGAAGACAGGAAUUGCACGUGGAGAGCUGACAUGAAUGAUAAAUUCACUGUUGUGAAUAAUUUUGGUAAUAAACCCAAUGUGUGUUUUUUUGGUUUGUUUGAUGGACAUCACGGUGCCUCAGCCGCAGACUUGACAUCAGUGGAAUUCCCAAUUUUACUUCUCCAUCAACUUUCCAGACUUGAUCCUUCUUACCAAAUGACCCCUGAAGAGCAAAAGGUAAUCAAUUCCUUUCACACAGUGUUUAGGGAAGAAUACACAGCUAUAGAAGAUUUCUUCUCCUCCAUGAAGAAACGUACAAAAGCAUUGAAAAGUGAGUAUGAGAACACACACAAAGCCUUUGCAAAAGCAUUUUGGAGAAUGGACAGGCUUUUACGUCUUGGGAGGAAAGAAGUGUCUAGGGUUCGAUGGAGUGGCUGUUCUGCAAUUACUUGUGUAUUGGAAGGCAACAUUAAAAAUCCUGAGGCUAAGAAGACCUGGAGAGGAAUCAAUGACCCUAAUGCUUUGGCAGACAGUUUCCCUUUCCAGAGGAUGCCACAAAUAAUUUCUGGAGUACUACAUAUUGCAAACGCCGGUAACGUGCAAGCAGUCUUAUGCAGAAAUGGGAAAGGCUUUUGUCUAACGAAAGAACAUACUACACGAAACAUAGACGAAAGAAGAAGAGUGCUUCAAAAUGGAGCAAUGAUUAGUUCUAAUGAACCAUACGGGCUCCUAGAAGGGCAAGUAAAAACCACUCGAGGACUUGGAUUUCAUGGAAAUCUCAAACUGAAAAAAUUCAUUAUUCCAGCACCUCAAACUAUUUCUGUCCCUAUAGAUGACUUAUGUCAAUUCCUUAUCUUAGCUACCAAUGGACUCUGGGAAGUUCUGGAUACAAAGGAAGUAACUGCACUGACAAUGACAGCUUUUCAAGCAUAUAAAGAAACAGAGAGCAUUAACACAGGAAACAAACUCUCACCAUCCAAAGGGCCUCUGCUUCUCCCAGUUAAUGAAUCAAGCACAUCUAAAUCAGAAACUAACAUCCACAUAGUGUUUCUGGGCAAACCUGAAUCUAAAGAAAGUGUAUCAAUUAUGAAUUCAAAAGAAAAUUUGUCAGGUUCAAAGUAUUCUAAACAUUUCACUAGUAACCCUGAAAAUAUAGGAAUAUUUCCACCGAAAAUGACUAAUUGUGAUGCUUGCAAUGAAAAAGAAACUAAGGAACCAACCAAUGUAGAUGAUGUGCCAAAAGAUUCAAGUGAAAAAGAAAAAGAAUUAUGUGCUAAGAGUUCCUACGAAGGUGCUGCUGAGUAUAUUAGCCGUGAACUUGUAAAUGCUGCUUUAGCGGCUGGCUCCAGAGAUAACAUUACAGUUAUGGUAAUACUUCUCAAUGGAAGUGAAUAUCAGUUUCUGAUAUAAAAGCUGAAGCUCUGACUAUCCAGAGAACAAAAAUAUGAAGACAAUUCUUCAGUGAAACGAAUAUUAGAAUACAUCAAUCCAACACACAUUAUUUUUAAGAAUGUACUAAAGAAAAUAUAAAAGCGGAUUUAAGGUUACACAAUACCAUUUAUAAUGUCUGUUCACUGUUAAAUGACAAAAAAGAGAGAAAAACCAGUACGUGCUUUUUAUACCACUUUAUUCCAACCUGAGCACCUCAAUAUAAAACUAAACACUGGUGAACUGUUUUCCUUACUAAUUCUGAAUUACUGUAAAUGUACAAGUUCUGCUAGCAGUUCAACACUUAAAUAGAUUAAAUCAUCUCUGACACAUGGUAGAUUUCAUAUAAUGAAAAUAC